CUGUGCACCCCCAAUACCUACCACCAUCCCAAUUCCCCAAAACCUAACUUGUAGCCAUCGCGCCAGCUUCACAGCAUACCCAAUUCGCAAUGGAUCCCUCCAAAGUCAAGAUCCCAGUACUCAAGGACCUAACAAUCGACAACAUCACCGAAAACGUCCACCGCAUCAACUCCACAUGCGCCGACCCGCGCCUGAAGUACAUCCUCGAGCAACUCGUCACGCACAUCCACGACUUCGCGCGGGAAACGCGGCUGAGCACGAACGAAUGGAUGGCUGGGAUUGAGUUCCUGACGGCCGUGGGGAAGAUAUGCACGGAUGUGCGGCAGGAAUUUAUCCUCCUCUCCGACAUCCUCGGCCUCUCCCUCCUCGUCGACAGCAUCGACCACCCCAAACCUCCGCAAUCCACCGAAGGCACAGUCCUGGGCCCUUUUCACACCCACGACGCCGAGCACCUCGCGCUUGGCACCAACAUCUCGCACGACCCGAACGGCACGCCGUGCCUGGUCGUGUGCAACGUACGCGACACGGAUGGGAAACCCGUGGAGGGCGUGAAGAUCGACAUCUGGGAGACGGACAGCAAGGGCUUCUACGACGUGCAGUACAGCGACUACGGGAAGCCGGAUGGGCGGGUGGUCAUGAAAAGCGAUGCAGAGGGGGUGUUUUGGUUCAAGGCGAUUGUGCCGGUGCCGUAUCCGAUUCCGCAUGACGGGCCGGUGGGGAAGCUGCUGAUGCAGUUGGGGCGGCAUUGUUGGAGGCCGAGUCAUAUGCAUUUUAUGUUUGAGAAGGGGGGGUAUGAUCAUUUGAUCACAGCUCUGUAUCUGAGGGGAGACCCGUAUGAGACGUCGGAUGCGGUGUUUGGGGUUAAGGAUACGCUAGUUGUGGAUCUGGGUACUGUGGAUGCGGAGAUGGCGAAGAAGUACGGUGUUAAGGAGGGAGAUAAACUCUUGUCGUAUGACUUUGUGCUAGUUUCGGAUGAGCAAUCGAGGAAGUUGAGGGAAGAGAAUGCCAUGAAGGCUAUGGAGAAGCUUGGGAGGAGAAUGAAGCUGUACAACGGGCUACCUGUGCCGGACGUCGACUGA